CAGUCUAGUAACUUAAGCGCCCAAACGUGACGUCAUUGGAAAAAGUCGAUAGUGUUUACUAAAAGGAGGAACAAACGAAAUUUCCUCCCUACAUGUAAAAGUGAAACAAGAAUGAAGUGAUCCUGAAAUAGUCCCGAAAACGAAGAGAACAAAGGGACGUAGCUUAAUCACAAGAACAAUCGGAAGAAUUAAAGAAACCGGACGGAAGUAGCAGCUGACAUUUCAGCAGGUCUGCGAGAAACGCCACAUCGAAAUAAAAGCAAGUACAGAUUAAUCACCAAUAAGAAAGUAUUACAUGCUGAGACAGAUAUCUUCUUAAGGAACACUAAAAUAGAUGACUUCAUAUAUCAAGACAAAAGAACAAAGGAAGAGAUAGAUGAAGAAAAAGAAAUAAAAACAAGGAAGAUAAGAAAAGAGAAGAGAGCCAGGAAUGUAGAUUAAUUGUAGUCAAAAAAGCUUUACAAAAAGAUAAAGAAUACUUAUUAACAUGUAAGAAAUAAGUGUGUUGAUUUACUGCAGAACAAUGCAACCCAUGGCAAGCAGACUGAGAAUGGUGACUGCAUACGAUCAUCAUCAGCACAUCACUUCACCAUGAAACGAUUGAUAAGCUUUGGCUUCCCAAAAAUCCCGAUCAUGCAGGGAGGAAUGGCACAAAAUGUUCUGUGGUUGAUCGUAGCUGCGAUCCUCAUUACUGGAGCUCUGGGGGACUACACCACAAAUUGUUCCUCCCUGCUACUGGGACAGUACCUGUGUCUAGACCUCAAUAUAGCGCCCGAGACCCAGCAACCACGAGGAUGCAAUGAAAAAGGCCGGGCAAAGGUUGUGUGUCAGGCUGCCCCAGGGAUCAUAUGCACAGAGACAAACAAUGGGACUUUUGAGCGAGAAAUCCCAUGCAAAUACACAAAUGGAUACUCAUACGAAACAGCCCUACUUCUCUCAGUGUUCCUGGGCAUGUUUGGGGUGGAUCGGAUCUACCUCGGCUAUUACGCAGUUGGAUUGGCGAAAUUCUGCACCCUAGGCUUCCUCUUCCUGGGUCAGCUUAUUGACAUCAUCUUAAUUGCUACGCAGACAGUGGGCCCGGCCGAUGGCUCACAUUAUGUGAUUAGUUAUUAUGGGGCGGGUAUCGAGGUGAUUCAGAUGGACAACAUGACUUACAGAAUGCCGCAAAAUGAUUGGAAGGCCGAAUUAUGAUUUUUUUGAGUAAUUGAUAUUACUACUAACUCUUAAGGUGACAUCAGGUGAUGAUACAGCUGAUAGCUACUUUUCCAUCUUAGGGUUGGAUAGCAAGAAGGGACACAGUGUGUGCAUAAAUGCCAACAGGCAGAGGCUAACUUCUGCUUCUUGGCCUAGACAGUGUGGAAAAUCUACCCCAUUGCAGUUGACAGAAGUGCUAUUAUUGUGAAUGAAGUGGGGGUUGUGAGUGAACAUGAUGUGAUGGGAUUUUGAACUGUGUUAUAUUGAAGGUAACAAAUUUUAUGAUAUCUGUUACAUUUUCUCUUUCUGAUUGGCUAUAACAUUAUUUAUUUUUAUUUUUUUGCAAUGUCUGAAUUGAAUUAACUUUUACCAAUACAGACUUUAUAUAUUUUUGAAAUUUAAGUGUUCAUACAAAAAACUUGAGAAAUGCAUCAGUCAUUAUACCUUUUUUGUAUUUUCAGAUCUUUAAUGUUAUUAAACAAUAUGUCUUGAAAACUAUGUGUCAUUCAUCUGUAGUGUGUUCAAAAACAAAAUUUUAAGGCUUUUCAUCUGGGUAUUUUAUUGAUUUUACUGGUUAUAAGAUUGAAUUUGAGAACAAAAGGCUGUAUUUUCUUAUGAUACACAAAAUAAAAUGGUGAGAGAUUUGAA